ACAUUCGUGAAACUAGAUAGCUAUAAACAAAGAUGGUGGAUUGUUAAAAAUAAUAACACUACCUGAAAGAUAAGUAACAUCUUUCAUUUGUGGUACUACUCGCACAGCAAACAAAAUGUCAAAAUUGGAAUUGUUGAAUAUAUUUCUUACGAAGAGAUUAACCGCGGCUGCCGAGGAGAUAUUUGGAGCUGUGAAGGGUACGAUAGUUGAGUACCAGACAGAAAUCGUUCGCUCUAAGGAGGAGAACAAUCGUCUCCGAAAGCUGCUGGAUAUCGCUGUUCAGCGUGUUCUACUUCAAACAGUAAUGAAAUUAGAUGAGGAAACCAAUGGGAGAAACAGUUGAAAGGUCAGUGAGAAUGCUCUGCACAGGAAAUACUAAUAUUAAUGGUUGAUGGCAGUAGGUAACCAAAUCAUAGAUUGCAGUUUUGUCGUAGACUGCUUUCAAGACCACCAUGCUAUCCAUCUCACUGAAGAUGCAUCUUCCCCUGAGCAGCAGCACUGUGAGCAGGAGUGGAGCCCCAGUCUGGGCCAGGAGGACCCAGAGCCCACACUGAUUAAAGAGGAACAGGAGCUCAGGACCAGCCAGGAGGAAGACCAGCGUCACGGUCUGGACUCUGAUACCAAAGGAGAGUCUACAUUAACUCCUCCCUUUGUUAAAAGUAACUGUGAUCAGGACCCAGCUCAGCCUUCACAUCUUCCACAUACCCAAACUGUGGACAUCAGAGAAGGUGACUCUUUAGCCAGAACCAUAUCUUCUAAGCAGAUCAAAAUAGAAAAUGAAGAAGGCUACAGCACAUCAGAACCAACCAGUGACUUACAGACCAUCUUCAAUGUAAAUUCAGACUGUCUUGCAGCUUCGAGUGAAAACGGUGCCCAACCCAAUAUGAACAAUAGAAUUCAGAGAGAAGGACUCUCAGGAUAUAAGGCCCCACAGGGAACAAGCAGUGCAUAUGAAAGAGAAAGUAUAGGUCUACACAUAGAUGUUAGAGGCCAGAACACCUCAAAGCUGCCUCCACAGAGAUCUCCCUAUCAACCCCAGGGCAUACAGAGAGUGUAUCGUUGCAGAGAGUGUGGGAAAUGCUUCAGUUUCUCCUGUCAGUUAGAGGUCCACAUGCGAUGGCACACCAAGGAAAGACCAUUCAGCUGCUCUGUGUGCAGAAAAGGCUUCACAACCAUCAGCAUGUUGAGGAGGCACCACCGCAUUCACACUGGAGAGAAGCCCUUCCGCUGUCACAUCUGUGGGAAAUGUUUCAACCAGUCGGCUCACCUCAACACUCACUUUAAAAUUCACCCAGGGGAGAGACCACAUGGCUGGAAAAUGGCUCGGUCAAAACGUUAACAGCAGAGACAUUUACGCUCUCUCUUGAAAUUAAGUUCUGAGCACAGAAGGAGAGUGACAUGUAAAUCUGGGCAGUUUAAUUAUUGUCCAGGAUUUAAAACACUAGAAGAAUCAGUGAUUGAUGUUUGAACAAUGCAUUACAAUACAGUGGGGAAUGGGAAUAACUUUGAGUAAUGAAAAUGUUACUGUUUUUCACUGAUCCAUGUGAUUGUGUUGCUGCAUGCGUCAUCAUCUGAAGCCAUGUUCAGUGCCAGCAUGAGGAUAUGAAUACUGCUAGUAGCUAUAUAUAUAUAUGUCGACUGAUGUUGUUCUUUUGUAAUUACACUACACAUUUUACAGGAAGCAGAGGAUGUCACCUGUUUUAGGAGAUGCAGAUCAAUCAAUUAAUUUGAUCCUCAUCUAUUUCCCCUUAGGACUUGGACAUAACUGCUGGGCUGUAUGACUAUCCUAUUAGGACCUUGACAGUUAUCCCUGAUGAAAUUACUGUGUCAAAAUGUAGUGUUCUGUACUGAAUGUUAACUGUUUUGUAAUAAAUAAUUGGUCA